GCUGCAGUGAAGUGAUAAGCCACUAUAUCAAAUGCAAGGAUUAUUAUUAUUUCACUCUGUAUCAUAAUAGAAUACUUGAGAAGAUUUGGCUGGUGUGACCCAGUUCCUUGGGACUUUCAAGGAUAUGGGAACAUCUCAGCACCACAAGAGGAAGAUCAGGAGCCCAGUGAUUUGUCUCAGACCCUGAUGGAAGGGAUUUCCAGUGGUACGGUUGAGGAAAUGAGACCCAAUAAUCUCACAGAGGAUCCUUUAUAUGUUGAGGCUCUGAGUAAGUUCCAGAGUGCAAAUAACCUGACAGUCACUGGCGUCCUGGAUGAAGCCACCAGAGAAAUCAUGAACAAACCUAGGUGUGGUUUUCCUGACAAAACAUCAUUGCUGAACGAUUCUUUCGCUAACGCACCAUCAUGGAAUGGAUCCUCCAACAGCUCCACCAACCAUACUGAAGCAAUGAACUCCACAGGCCCCAGCUCCAGCACUGAGCCAGAAUCUGUCAGGAGGAAGCGAUUCCUCGACAGGUUGAUGUGGAAUGCCAGAAGCAAGCGAGAACUCCUAGGUGAGGACAGAGCAGCAGCCAUUGCUCUUGGGUUUGCCAAGAGGUCACUGAAAUGGCGCCUGGUGGGGGAGGCCUACAGUGUACAGAUGAGCAUCAGCCAGCAGAGGACUCUCCUACGGCUGGCAUUCCGAAUGUGGAGUGAGGUGAUCCCGCUGGAGUUUGAGGAGGAUUUAUUCUCUCCAUCCAGUGACAUUGACAUCAAACUGGGCUUCGGAAGAGGGAAACACAUGGGCUGUUCCCAGAGCUUUGAUGGAAUAGGACAGGUCUUUGCCCACGCCUGGCGCUUAGGGGACAUCCACUUUGAUGAUGAUGAACAUUUUGUUGCCCCCAGCAGUGAUCAAGGGAUCAAUCUUCUCAAGGUUGCUGUUCAUGAAAUCGGUCAUGCUCUGGGCUUGCCUCACAUCUACCGAUCAGCCUCUGUGAUGCAGCCAAAUUACAUCCCGCAUGACAGAUACUUUGAGCUGGAUUGGUUCGACAGAAAGUCUAUGCAGGAGAUAUAUGGCAUUUGUGAGGGAGGAUUCAGUACAGUGUUUGACUGGGUCCAUAAGCGCUUAAUCGCUGGUGUUGUUAGGUAUCAGUUCAAUACAUACUUCUUCAGAAGUAGCUGGUACUGGAUGUACGAAAAUAAAAGCAAGCGAACACGCUACGGGGAUCCACUGCCUAUUAGCAGUGGAUGGCAUAACCUUCCCACAACAGAUAUUGAGGCCUUCGUCCACAUCUGGACUUGGAACAGAAAUGUGCAGUACUUCUUCAAAGGGACUCAGUAUUGGCGAUAUGAUUCCAACCGGGAUAUGGGUUUCACUGAAGAUGUACAAGGCAGCAGAUAUCCCAAGCUCAUCAGGGAUGGUUUUCCUGGUGCUCCCAGUCCCAUGGACACAGCCUAUUUUGACAGAAGGGACAAUAACAUUUAUUUCUUCAGGGGCGAUCAGGUGACUGCUUUCAGCGUGGAACUGAACCGAAAAAUCAGUGGAUAUCCGAAAAAGAUCAUUGAGGUUUUUCCACCAGUAGAUGCCAACGAUCAUCCCAUUGGGAAUAUCAAUGCCGUCUAUUACUCUUACACUCACAGGGCCAUCUUCUUCAUCAAGGACAAAUAUUUUUGGAAGGUGGCGGAUAAAACCGACCGACAUCUAAAGCCUGAGUUGCCACAGAAUGGUUUACAUCCCAGGAGGAGAGUGGCUGAGCAGUGGGUCGACAUUUGUGAUGUGCAUCCGUCAAUGCUCACAUUAUCGAACAGCUAA